AUGGACUUGCACUACGUACUUCCAACCCCCUCAGACGAGGUACUUGAGGUCUUCGAAAAGAAGAUCAAGUAUCGUUUCAACGAUCGUGCUCGGGCCCGGGAGGCGCUCCAAGCCGCCGCCGGGUUUAACGGAGAUGGUAACAAGGAUCUCGCCCUGAUCGGUGAUGCAAUUCUCCGCUUGGUGAUUGUGAACUAUGGCUAUACUCAGAACUACACGAAGGGAUACAUCUCCAACGUGAUUACCGAGAAGGCUAACAAUGCCUAUCUUGCCAAGCAAGGGUUUGCUCUUGAAAUCAACAACUUCGUCGUAAGAAACAAUUCGCAGCCUACUGUCGGACGCAAGGUCAUGGCAGCCACAAUGGAAGCAAUCGUUGGAGCCGUUUUCCUAGACUGCGAUCAGCAAAUCGCCCCUUGUGUUGAUGUGAUGGCUGCUUUGGGUAUCUUUUCGCCUGAGUGA